AUGACGGACCAGUUCGACACUUACAAGCUUGGAAACUUCAAAUUGAAGUCAGGAGGAGAAAUUUUAGACGCGUAUAUCGCGUACAAGACGUUUGGAGACCCGAGUCUCCCUGCAAUCAUCUACCCUUCGUGGUAUUCCGGAGCGAUAUCGGACAAUUUCUGGCUCAUCGGUGAAGACAAGACGCUCAAUCCGAAGAAGUACUUCAUUAUCGUGACAGCGUUGUUUGGCAACGGACAGUCAUCAUCGCCAUCCAAUACGCCGAGUUUGAGGCCAUUCCCGGACGUUCUGUUCUACGAUAAUGUGAAAGCACAACACAGCCUCGUGACCAAGCAUUUGGGCAUCACCCAUGCCCGCGCCGUGCUGGGCUGGUCUAUGGGGGCAGGGCAAACCUAUCAAUGGGCCACGCAAUAUCCGGGUUUCAUGGACCUUGUAGUGCCGUUCUGCGGCUCUGCCAAGACAUCGCUGCACAACCAAGUGUUCCUCGAAGGCGUCAAAUCAGGCCUUUUUGCAGCAAAAGGCACGUCCUCAGCCGGAAUAUCGAAAGGAGAACUCCGAGCAACAGGCUCAGAGUAUCGAGGCUUCACAGAAGAGGAGAAGAACAAUGGAUUGAAAGCGCUCGGUCGGGUGUAUGCUGGCUGGGGUUUCAGUCAGGCUUUCUAUCGCGAAAAGCUCCAUGAGAAGGUUCUCGGAUUCAAAGACCUUGAAGAUUUCAUGGUAAACUUCUGGGAGAAGUGGGCAUGCUCAAAAGAUCCGGAGAACAUGCUAGUUAUGGCACAUACCUGGCAAGCCGGCGAUUGUUCGCAACAGGAGCCAUAUAACGGAGACUUUGCAAAAGCUAUGCAGGGAAUAAAAGCGAAAGCGCUCAUUUUGCCAGGACAAACGGAUCUCUACUUCCCUCCAGAAGAUUCGGAGAUCGAAGUUGCGAAUAUGAAACCCGGAAUUGGAGAGUUACAAAUUUUCCCCUCAAUUUGGGGACAUUGGGCAGGCGGUCCUGGAGAUAGCAAGGAAGAUGUGAAGUGGCUCGAUGAUAAGCUGAGAGAUUUCUUUGCAAAGCACAAGGAUAGGUUAUCGGAGAAGGUGGGCUCUUUGACGUUGUAA